AUGGCGAAGUCACUGGAAAGCACCAGUAAUGCUUCCGACGAGCUAGUAGUCUGGAAAGCUGCAGAGCGAGUUAGACAAGGCGCCUCUUUACACCUAUCAAGGGUAGCUCUCUGUAUCGCCUCUGCCACGGAACUGCUGAAAGGCAAGACAAAGCUGGUGGAGCGGGUCUCCGGGGACACGAUUGUGUUUGGCCCUCUUCGCGGCCACGCCACCGACUUUGCCAAUAUUCUGUUAACGAAAGUGCUUCCUAAUCGUUGCGUCAGCAAUAUUGUUUUCUUGGGUAACUACAUCGAUGGGGCACACCAGUCGCUGGGUGUUCUGUACCUAAUCUCGACGCUCAUUGUCUGCUCUCGGUUCCGCAUUGUACCUCUCAUCGGCAAGCACGAAAUGAUGUACCCUGUCCAGCCGGAGAGCUUCGGUUCUCUUCGAAACGAGAUGCUUCUGUGCUGCACGCGCGAACGCCAGCCGCUGGAGCAGUACGAGGGUGCCAUGAGGGCGUUCUUUUCAGUUCUUCCCGUUGUGUGCGUGGUGGAGAACAAGUUUUUCUGUGUCGCUGGUGGACCCUCCUCGGGGUUUCGCACGUUGGAGGAGAUGGAGGUGAUAACGGUGACGCAGGAGGCGCUGAAAGAGUUUGUCUUGAAUGAGCCAAUGGAUGAGGAUGAGGAGCGUAUCGCUGGCGGAAGCGCUUUUGUCGCCUUACAGGGGAGAGAGCUGGCGUUCCGCUAUACAUUCAACGCUGCCUGUAACUUCCUGAGCCGCAACAAAUUGGCGAUGUUUAUCGUGGGCAUGGAGUACCAUACAAGCCUUCCAGACUACAGCAGCUUUACUCGACCUAACCACUACAAAGAAUCAAUCUAUUUCCCCGGAUACAUUCUAGGUCGCAUCUAUCCAGAGACACAGUUGCCGGCAGUGCUGUCGGUGUUCUCUGCCCCGUCGUUCUGCGGGGUGAACCGCAACAACGCGUGCAUCGCCGAGAUCACAGCCAAGCGGUUGGAGGUACAGGAGCUGAGCGUUUAUGCGAACCGCCCUCUUGUGACGCCUGGAACACAAGAUCACGCGUUCUCGUGGGCGGAGCCGAUGCUGGAGCGUGCAGUCGUAGCUAUCACACGCGAGAUCAUUUUUGGAGGCAAGGAGGAUGCCGCUCCUGAUGUCGAUGCUCGCCAUAAGCGCUUGGAGGAAGUUGCUGUGGCGAAGAUGCGGCGUAUGGGUAUGCUGCUGCGGAUGUACAACAUCCCUCUUCCCGAUAUACCCAAGCUUACGCUCGACUGA